GUAUGCGAGUUGACAUCGGCUCAUAAAUCUCGGGAAAAAGAUCUUCAGGCACAAAUUUUGUGCGCGGAGAUGGAGAGCGAGAAGCUGAGGGAACGCAACUCCAAGUUACAAGAGUCCCUCCUGAGUGACUCCGACCAUCGCCUUGUGGGCAUCCGCCAGCACUGCUCCGACCUGCAGAAAGAGGUGGAGUCACUGAAGUCGGUGGUGGAGAUGCGCAACAGCGACCUGCACAAGCUGAGGGCGCAGGUGGCGGGCAUGGAGCAGCUGGAGCGCGAGCUGGAGGCCGCCCGCCACCACGCCAACACCCUGAACGCCAAGACCGAGGACCUCAACGCGCAGAUCAACACUAAAUCCCAGACUGAGAGGCAACUGAUGCAGUCAAAUCAGCAACUGAAAGAGGCAAUAGACAGAGAGAGCAGCGCCAACAAACAACUGCGCCUGGAGAAUGAACAACUGCAGUGGAAGCUGCGGCAGCGCGAGCAGCUGUCGCAGUCACUGCCUGCCUCAACCAUCGAUGGCAUGACGAAGCAGUCUCAACUCCACACUUCGUGGGAAGACCGGCCAUCUUCCUUGCAUCAUCAUCAACAUGAAUACAGAGAGCUGCAGCAGCAGUCAUACUUGAGAAGAUCCGAAAGCAUGAAAACCGAGAGAAGACUUCUGACAAGCUCCCCCGUCUGCGGUUGUGAUGCAAGAACCUCUUCCAGAGAGCAUGGUUGUGAGCCUUCCAAUAGCAGGACCUCCCUCGAACGAUUCUCUCCUCCCGCGUCCCCUCGAGUUAAAGCUGUUGUUGAAAAGUGUAAUUCUGUUUCCUUCGUCCUUGAUUUGAAUGAUUCGUUGUCGAAUGAAAAUAUUUUGGAACCUCCAUCGUCUCCUAGACUAAAGCAUGAUUCACUUCAUGCGCGGAAUUGCGUUCGAAAAUCGCGUAGCAGUUCCCUGGAGAAGAAAAACCAAGUAUACAGAAAUAACUCUCUCUCAAAAUGUACAAGUGCGGGGAAUUUUUACACCAGGCAUCAUGGUAGGCAUUGUAUCGAGGGCAUUGCAUCGCAGUUAGUGAACGACUCAGACUGCGACGAGCGUCUGCAACUUCCCCCCCAGCCGCCUUGCUCCCGAAGCCGAGAACACACCACGUCCGAAAGCAGCUGUACUGAGUCCAUUGAAAGAAUUUCUCCUCAAAGUUCGUCAUGGUCCGGCACAACAACUAAUGGGUCCACAGGUUCUCCAAAUAUGAUCUCCUCUGACGGUAAUUUUUCUUCUUUCAAUCACCUCCAGCAUCCAGAAGAAGACGAGUACGAGGAGAAUUUAGAAGAUUCGGAGGAAAGCUUCAUCGCUGGAAUUCCUUCAGACUUGACUCCUCUGGUCAACCUUAUGAACGCCUCAUCAAGCUCUCCGAGCGAUUCAGAAAUGUCGCGCUGCGGCUCUCAUGCCGAAGUCACGCCCUCGGAAAGCGACGAUGAGAACAGUUUGGCGCAAAUCUUCGACGGAGUCCAAGGCUCACUCCCGCAAGGACACGAGUGGGUUGCUGCAGAAGGAGCUGGUGAAGCUAUGGUGCCCUCGGAUCUGGUCUCGAACGUCUCUGAAGUCAAUGAAAGUGCAAACCUGGGCAAUCAAUCGUCUGUUAAACGAUCUAGUGCGUCCCAGGUCGUGUCUAAAAAAUCAUAAUUCUCAGGAUUAUCUUGGAAAUUAUUUUCAUGACACUAUACAAUAGGUAGGGAAAUUAGCAGAUGCAGGCUUUAAUUCGUAACAGAAGGGGAUUGCUGUCUAUUAACUCUUAAGAAUGUUGCAAUUUCGCAUGCACUACAAUUACAUAAUUAAGAUAUUGCAAAGAUGAGGGCUAUGAAGAUUGCAAUUAUGCAAGCAAUUAAAGGAUUGGAUAAUGUAAUAUCAGGAUUGAUCGCGACUAAUGCGUUUUUCUCGUGAAUUCAAAUUAGAAAAUUUAAUGAAUUUUUGGGUCAACUUAGAUGGCAAUUCGUCCAAACAUCAAUUCGUUGAGUUUAACUAGAAAAAGUUUUCAAUUGUCAAUUAAAAUUUUUCUGCUUCGUGAAGAAAGGAACUUUUAAAAUUUACAUCCAACAACGCUCUCGUAAGAGCGAUUUUCAUUGUUUCUCUGCCGAAUGAAAAAUUGAAAGAGCUCAUUUUACCUGUUCGUUUAUGUGAGUUUAGAUGAAACUCGAAAACGCCUUGAAAAUAACUUCGGCAGACUUUGAAAGUGCAAUACAACGAAGUGAAAAUUGAAGUUAUGACGAUGUGUAAAGGAACGAGAGUGAAGUGUAUAUUAUUUCACAUACUAACGUUUAGACUUUAGAAGAUGAUCGUACGAAAAUUCUGUGAAAGGAAAUACUGAAGUUCAUUUAAGUGGAAUGAGUAUACAUUUAUUAUUUAAAUGAAAUUUUGUGGUAUCGUUGCAUAGGUAUAAGUCUUAGCCAUCAUCUUAUAAUUUUUUGGUGAUUAUUCGACCCGCAUAAGCAAACUGUUUAUUCAAAUUUAAUUUGUUUCAGCUCCCCAAAAAUAAUAGUAUAUCACAUACCGGUACUUCUUUAACUACUUUUUUUAAUGUUAUACCUGCAUGUGGAGGCUCGUAGUUUUUAGCUCUAAGCCUGUGCACCUCUGCAGAAAGUUAAGUAAAAGUCAAUGACAUUGAACGGGGGCCUACUGGUAAAAUUUGAAGUGUCAUUACUUGCUAAUUUAUGUUCUUGGCACUAAGCUAGACAGGCAGGCAACGGCGUUCCAUUAAUCCCCAGCUAAUGUUGUUCUAGGUAACUCUAGUUAUUCGUUCAAAAGCAUGAUAAUAAACUAGAUUGGACUAAUAAGGAUCCAACUAAUGGACAGCUUGAACAUUAAGGUCGACUAGGCAGCAUGGAUAGCUUUAUUAGAUUGAUGUAUAAAUAUUUGUUCUAGUCAUUGGAGUAAGAGAUGAGCUGGCAAGUGGGUGCUGUAAGGCAGCAAUAAAAUUUCAUUUCACUUGUUUAAAUUUCAGGCAUCGAAAAAUUUUCAGUAUAAACUUCCCUGCCAUCGCAUCACCCGUGUAUAUAUUGCUAUGAUGACCAAUAAUAGUCUAUCUUUCAGUUGUGUUCGGAUUGUUAUAACAUUAUGUACAAAGUAAACUUAAAGCUUCGGAAUGUUUAAAGCGAGAAUUAUGCUGUCUAUAUACGUAGGUGUGAGCAAAUUUAUUUGUAUUCCAGUCAGCGAACGUUCUGCAUUUUAGGCGAUCUUAUAAUAAUAAAGUAUUUCUUUUGCCUCGGAUAGCCGCGAACAAUGUUUGGUUUCUGUUGUAAUAGUUCAAUUGUUCUUCCGGUUGUAUGAUAUUUAGGUACUCUGUACAGAAGUCGACUUGUUGCCCAAUGAACUCUUGCCCUUGUUCGCGCUUCACUGCGAGUUUCUCACUCAUUAUAAUUGCAGAGUCAACCGAAUGAAGGUUUGUAGUUUGGUUCUAAUACUUUGUCUUUUGGCGUAUUAUCUUUCUCAUGUUCUAAUGUCUUCUGACUCGCAUUAUCAUACCUUUACCAAUGCCUUUGAUGACGUUUAUAAGAUCCGCAGAAAAGGGAAAUAAUAUUUAUUCAAUGAUAGUUAUUUUCUUUUCAUAAUCAAAUAUUUGCCAGAAAAAGUUAUGUUUCUUCUUCUAAUAGUAACUAAUGAUUUUUCACGGUUAAUCAUCAGGUUUUAUUCGAAUUCGGACUGAUGCAUUUCAAGAUCAAUGUAAUAUUCUUUUACUAUGAUUUUUUUUUUGGGGAAAUCGGUAAAAAGGUAACAUUUGUGAUUUAUGCAUAAUCUAAAAAUUAUAAUGACGUUAUGUU